GUAAUGAGUGGUGCGAGCGAGGAAUGAUAUGCCCAACUUCCUAAGUCAUGGUAAUUAUUUAUCAUUUGGUCUGAUCUAGUUUGGAUCAUCAAGCUUGUUAGUUUGCUCGAUCCGUAAGAAGGACAAAUCUGGGCGGCAACCGAAGCAAAAUGGGCAUUCCUGAAGAACUGAUGAUCUAUACGACUAAUACGAAACAAAUUGAACGUGCUUGUUGAUCGAGAAGGUAACGUCGUCUAGGUGUUAUCAACAAGCCUAACUAACGUGCCAUCGAAAUCACAGUAUGGCAUCAGCUGCACAUGAUCUUUUGCUCGGCAAAAUUGUAGGCAUUAUUGAGAAUGAAGCAUCCUCCAUAGCCCGUGUCCGAGAUAAAGUAGAUGAACUCAAACAAGAGCUUGUAAGCAUGAAAGCCUUCCUAAAGGAUGCUGAUGGAAAGAAAGCACAAACGGAGGGAGAGGAGGCAUGGGUGACAAGCGUGAGAGACUCUUUCUUUGACGUUGAAGAUGUCAUUGCUGAAUUCACAGAUCACAUCUAUCAGCAGGAACGUGGAGUUGGAGUUGCAAGGUUUCUUCGCCGAACGUUUCAUAUUCCAAAGAAUCUUUGGUACAGGCGUCAUAUUGCUAAGAAAUUAGACAAAAUCAAAGGAACCAUUGAUGCCGUUUCGGAGAGGAAUCAUAAAUAUGGUGUUAGUGUUGCUCCUGGUCAAGACAUAACGACUUCUCAUGAUUGUAAUCAGAAAUGGAUACGGGACCAAGCAGAGGCCUGUCUCUUUACUAAUGAAGACGAGCUUGUUGGGAUUGAAGACUCCAAACAAGUAUUAAUAGAACAUCUAGUGAACGGAGAGCAGAGCCAAACCAUUGUCUCGGUGGUCGGGAUGGGAGGAUCCGGGAAAACCACUCUUGUUGCACAAGUUUUCAACAAUGACAUUGUGAAGAGACAUUUCAAUUGCUAUGCAUGGGUUACAGUUUCUCAAACUUAUGUGAUUGAAGACUUAUUCAGAAGUUUGAUCGGGCAGUUCCACCAAUCAAGGAAGGAGGAGGUUCCGAGAGAGAUCAAUAGCAUGAGCUAUAGAGAACUGGUAAAGAUUCUUGUUGACUAUUUGAACUCAAAAAGGCAUUUAGUUGUGCUGGAUGAUGUAUGGGGUAUUAAUGUAUGGGAAAAAAUAAAGGUAUCACUACAAGACAAACAACUUGGUAGUCGAGUUGUACUCACCACUCGGAACAGUGACAUAGCAAGAUAUGGUUUUGGACUUGCAAGCCAUGUUCAUGAGAUUCCACCCCUGGAAAAGAAGAACGCUUGGGAGCUAUUUAGUAGGAAGACAUUCUCUAAUCAUCCUAAUAAAUCAUGUCCACCUGAACUUGAGCCAUAUGCUUGGGAACUUCUGGGGAAGUGUAAUGGUCUUCCUCUGGCAAUUGUAGCUUUAGGUGGUCUUAUGUCAUCCAAAAACUCAUGUUCAGAGUGGAGCAAUGUUCGCAACAGCUUAAAUUGGCAUCUCACAAGUGAUCCUGUACUGGGCUCUAUGAAGACUAUUUUACUGCUCAGCUUCAAUGACUUGUCAUACCGAUUGAAGCAUUGUUUCCUAUAUUGCUCACUUUUUCCAGAAGAUUAUUUAAUGAGAAGGAAACGACUCGUUAGAUUGUGGAUAGCCGAAGGAUUCGUUGAACAUGUGAGAGGUGCCACAGCGGAAGUGACUGCCGAGAGAUACCUUUCGGAACUCUGUUUCCGUAGCAUGCUUCAAGUUGUGGAAUGGAGUGGAGCAGGAAGGCCAAAAGAAUGCAGGAUGCAUGAUCUUAUGCGUGAGCAUGCUCUUUCAAUAUCUGAGAAGGAAAAGUUUGGUGUUGUGUAUGAUGGGCAAAAUGAAGCAAUUGAAGCCCGCCGUUUGUCAGUUCAAUCUGAAGGAAAAAUUAAAUCAAGCACAGGUACAUCACAGCUUCGAUCUAUUCUUGUCUUUGUUAAAGACACAAAGUUGCCUUCUCAUUGCAGAUUUUUGAGGGUGCUAGACUUGGAGAAAACGUCAAUCACUAAACUGCCAGAGAAUCUUGGGUACUUUUUCAACUUGAGAUAUUUGAAUUUGAAGGGAACUCAUAUUAAGGAGCUUCCAAAAUCGAUAGGAAAGCUGCUCAACCUUCAAACCUUGGACAUGCGGGGAAGUAAGAUAGAGGGACUUCCAAAAGGAAUUGCCAAGUUGGUAAAUUUGCGUCAUCUAAUCAUCUACCGUUUCACUGGUGAUGAUGUUGGGUUUCAAUACCUCAAAGGGACAAGAGUACCAGUGGAUGUUAGUAAGCUAAGUAAAUUGCAAGUUCUGACAUGUGUUGAGGCAGAAGGAGGCACUAUCAGCCAGGUCGGUUGUAUGACACAACUUGUAAGGCUUGGAAUUACGAAUGUGAAAGAAAGCGACUCGAUGAACCUGUGCAACAACAUUCAAAAGUUGCGGCUCCUCGACUGGAUUCUUCUAAAUGCCAGUGAUGAAGAAGAGAUUCUUCUAACAGAUGCAAUCUCUUCACCUCCACCCCUAUUGCGAGUGGUUAUUUUGUCUGGCCGACUGGAGAAAGUACCGCUCUGGUUUCAGCCACUCCAGAGCCUUGCAUUUCUGUCUCUGCACUGGUCUAAGCUUGAACAAGAUUUGUUACCUCACAUUGAAGCACUGCCCAAUCUAAGAAGCCUUGUUCUUGUUAAUGCAUAUGUUGGGAAACAACUGUAUUUCCGCAGGGGCUUUGUAAAGCUAAAGGAGCUGGAUUUUCGUAAUCAUCCUUUGUUGACGGAAAUAAUUAUAGAGAAUGGUGUGAUGUCAAAUCUCCAUAAGUUGGGAAUUAACAAAUGCAUGUCGUUAAAGACAGUACCACUGGGUCUUGAAUACCUUACCGAUCUUAAAACAUUGAUGUUACGUACGGUUCCAGAGGACAUUAUACAGCCCAUUCGGAAAGGAGGUGUGGAUCGUCCAAAGGUUCAACACAUCCCAGAAAUCAUCCACUUCUAUGAAAGAUCAUCUCAGUGGGUGUCUGAAGAAUUGUCCUAGGGCUCCUGGCAUUUCUUUCUCCCCAUAGAAUCUAUUAAGUUCCAAGAAGAUUGAAGAAGACUUGCCCUAUUCUAUCCCAUAUAUGUUCCCUGAAGAAUCCCUUUUCUGCAUGUGUGCUAUGUGCAGCUGUAAGGAUUGAAACCGGCCUUAUUUUAUUUUUUGUUAUUUUGGAUAAUGCAGAAGACUUUGACUACUCUAUUGCACUUGAUAUUUGUUUGUGUGUAUUUGCAUGUAUAAAGUCGGAUUGAACAUGUCACUGUAAAUCUGUAAUUGGGGUGUGGUGCUCUUUUUCCUU